AUGUCGGCUCCAACUCUGGGCCCUCACCAAGACGGUGAUGUUGGCAUCCCGGAUGACGAGAUGGCACUUCCUGUUGGCUUGAACCAACUCGUCGAUCUUGUAGAGAACCGCGAGGGCCUAGACCAGGACGAGUCGCAGCUUCUAUCCCACGUAGCACUACAGCAGCUUCGCAACCAACACCGGCAACAAGAAGGUCCAGUCACCGCAAAUGAGGUGAUCGAGGCCAUCAAGGUGUUCGCCAUCCGCGAGCUUAUGGAAGACCAUCGGAAGAAUCUCAGGAGACAAGGUCGGGAGGAGGUUUAUCAGUGGGGUCAGCAAUUUCUCAUGGCGCAGAAUGGGCAAGAUGCGCCUCCAGAACAGGGGAGUGGGCAAGGGCCAGAUUCAGAUGAGGAUAGUGAUCAAAGUACAAUCUCAGAUGAGGAUAGUGAGCAAGCUUUACCAGAGGAUGAUACAGCUCCAGAUGAGGAGAUCGAGCAAGAAACGGCUUCAGAAGAGGAGGCGGACGAUGCCAGUUCGUCAUCUGGGUCUGUGGGAGCCACGGACGACGGCGAUUCGAGUGAGUGGGGGGAAGGAGAAUUACAUGUUUCAACUGAAACGGAAAUCGUCGACGGUCUUGCACGCUUGAAGUUCACUUUCACGGACGAAGCUUUGCAAAGAUUCUUUGGAGGGAGAGAUCCGUAUUUGAAACCUGAAGACGAACGCGUUGUCAAAACACCUGACCCCGAACAACGAGAUAUCCUUACUGCGCUCUGCAGCCAUCCAGUCCUUGCUGUUGAGCUUGGAAAGCAUCUUGCCCCUCAAGAUAUGAUAAGCCUAUUCCUUUCUUGUCGAACAUUUCAUACCUUCAUACAUAACUACAUGCUGUCAAGCAUCCGCACAUGGACUGCCUACCGCUUCCCGAAAGCUGGCGCGACGUUUCCGUACAGGCUGUACAAACCUCUCCUGAUGUCAGAUCCUCGGGGCCGCGCGUGGGAUGGCGAGGAGCAGGAGGUCCCAGAGCCAAAGAAAAUCCGCGUCAUUCCCGGUCUGAAGUACUAUCACCUUCUGUGGACUCGGGAUCGUUGCUCCAGGGACAUUGUUGCCAUCAUGGCCCGCAACGGGCAUCGUUUACCCAAGACGAUGUAUGCGACUCUUCUCAAGAUGUGGCUGCUCAUGGACCUGUCUACCAGCAAUCAGAGACAAGGCUUGAUGCACAAUAAGGAGAUCUGGACAGACGUUGACCUCUACAAUGCGCAACUCUUCUUCGUCAAGCUGGGGAUGCACUUCAACGACCCCGUCUACGGCCCCAACUCUCUAGAGCUACUCCACCUGAUGAUGGGCCAGCGAGGCUUGUACACCCUGUGGCAACUACUCAUGCGCAAGAGAUUCACCACUCUCCCCGAGAUCCUGCAGCUCAAGGUGCAGUACGAUAUGCAGAUGCCACCGGACCACUGGGGCCACGACUAUUAUGGCCAAGAAAUACACGACGUCCCUUUUCAUAAGGUUGGCACAGGACACUACGAGGGAUGGGGCAAAGGGGGCGGUCACCUCCAGCGUCCCGACGAGCUCGUCCCCCUCGAGGCCAUUUUGCGCGGCCUCGAGCUUGACAAGCACCUCCCCCACAUGGUCCUCUGGGGUUACUUCGACUGGAAGACGGGCGAGAACCUGGUCCCUACAGAGGAGGAGAUGUACAUCCCUGAUGAGGAGAAGGCUCUCGAGCACAUGGACACGACUCACCAUUGGAAGAAGCGGCACGUCAUGAAGAAACGCUGGGCCAAGCUCACCGAGGAGGAGCGGCAAGCCCUCAUCGAAGAGGACGCGGACGAGAACCUGCGGGCUCAGGCCUGGAUGGACGAGGAUGCCGACUCCGACUCCGACGAGGGUGCCCCGUAUAACCCCAAUGACGAGAUUGCCCGCGGUUACGUGAUGCCGCCGUGCCCGGCAGACCGCGAGUCGACGGUCCCUCCGGUCAGUGAUAAGGAGGGAUGGCAGAGCUUUAUCGGUACCGCUCUUAUUGGAAUGGCUCCUGAGCUCGAUGAGGACGAGGUUCUGUGUGCUCAGGCCUGGCAGGAAUAUGGGGAUGAUCAAUUUGAGGAUAGCUUUGACUGGGAUGAGUGGCUUGAAGAAAGGGAGAACCAGAGAGCCACGGCCCUCGCCGUGGAAGGCGCAAAUGCAGCUGCGGAAGACGACGAUGAUGAGGACGACGACAACGAGGAAGACGAAAAUGCAGUUACGGACGAAGACGAUGAUGAUGAUAACGACGACGACGAUAGCGAGGAUGAGGACGCUGCCAUGGAGGACCUCUAA